AUGCCAGUGCAGACUCCUCUGUCGGGGGAGUCCCUUGAGAGGGCCAAGCAUGUGUUGGGGCUAUCCACCGGGCUAGGUGAUGGCUCCAGCCUGCUUACUCCAGAGAAUCUGGAGAGGCUCGAUAUGGCUGCCAACAUCCCCCGGUUUAUCAAGCGUUCCACUAAGUACGAGGAUCUGUUCAGGGAAGCCUCCGAUUCUCAGGCUCCCCUUCCUACCAAGCCACUUUCCCAGCUCCCUUCUCCCUCUCUGGAGCAGAAGAAGACCUCCUCCGGGGGUCGCAAGCGGGACCCCUCCAAGACUGCUGAGGCGGGGUCUUCAGCUGAAGGCCGUACAAGCAAGAAGCCCAGGUUAACCCUGGCCCGCAGCUCUCCCGCUUCCUCCUCUUCUCAAAAGACUCAGCUCUUUCAGCGAAUGCUCUCUGACCAGGUCCCCGAGGCUACCGUUCGGGAGUGGGACAGGCUUUCAAUAGCCGAGGCCACCCGUGACAAGGUGGUGGCCAACGCUAAGAGCCUGUUCCUCGAUCUGAAUAUGGGGGAGCAUGUUGCUGACACAGCCCGGGUCAACGAGAAGAUGAGGGCGGAUUUGAAGCAGGCUAAGGCGGACCUGGCUUCCGCUGUCAAAGACAGAGAUCUUGUGCGGAAGGCCAACCAGGAGCUGAAGGAGGCUGAAGCCAAAGUCCGUGAGGAGAGGAGGAAGGAGGACGCCGUGAGGCGUUCCUUGGAGGAGGAGACAGAUGGCCUUGGGAAGAUGGUGAAGAGGUUGGAGGGCCAGGUGAAGGAGUUGCAGGAGGCUGCCGUUGCUGCAAAGGCGACGAGGAAGGAGCGGGAGGCCGCCGUUUUUGAGGCAGGGGUUGCCGCAGGGGUCAAAGACUGCGUUAAGUCCGCUUAUCGCUUCUUCCCUGAUAAUGAUUGGGCCAAGCUGGGACCCGAUGCUGCUCUCGCCCUUGAGGAGGCAAAAGUUGAAGAUGCCACCAGCUCUGAGAAAGUCGAAGCCGGCGCCAAGGAAGUUCUUGGGGGUACUUCUGAGGGAGAAACUGCGGCUAAGGACCGACAGGAGGCUGAGAAGGCAUCCCUUCCGGAACUUGAUGUGGUGGCCCAGGUGGAGGCCUUAGUUGUGGCUCCCUCCCAGAACGCAAUCUCCUCGGACGCCCUGGCAAUCGAUGAAGUCCCCAAGGCCUCCUCCUCUCCAGUUGCUUCUUAA